GAGCCGCGGCCUCAUCGCGGGCCACCCCUGACUAUAUCUCCAAUUUUAUACUUCACAUGUUACUAUACUGUGUGUACUCCGUGCUGUGAUAGUGCAUCAGCCAUCAGGCCUAUGUUGUGAUAAAAUAAAUUCAUCCAGAAGUUCAUUGAUCCGAACUGUGAUGAGCGACCGGCUUGCGUAACUUCGGGUAUUGGCGUGUGCGGUGAUGUCGUCAUGGAGGUGGUCGCGCUGGUGGUGUGCGCGCUGGUGGUGAGCGCCGCGCCCAACGCGACCCGCCGCCUCGACGAGCCCGCGACCGACGAGGACGACGAACACCUCGACUAUUACGAUGACGCCAAAAUUAACAUAUCAGAGAAGGGCAUGUACCUGGGGUCCCCGUGCGAGUUCACAUGCAACCCCCGGCUGGUCCACGUGUACUGUGAGCCCCGCAGCGCCACCUGCCAGUGCGACCCCAAGCACCCCGUCGCCCUCGGCGUCACCAACGGAUGCGCGAAGCCAAAGAAACUGGGCGAGCAAUGUUUCUACCAGCAGACCUGCCGCGCGUUCGACCCGCACGCGUCGUGCGCGCAGAUCAACCACAACGCGUACUGCCAGUGCGACCAGGGCUACCACACCACCAGCCACUCGCGACCCACCCACAGAGUCUUCUGCACUGAAGACCUGGUACUGCUGACGGCAGAUAUGCCGACGCUGCUAGGCGUAGCGUCGGGUAUCUUCGUGCUGGCCGGGCUGCUGUGCAUGGUGCUACACCUCUACACGAAGGCGCGCUACCAUCCAGCGCACUUGGCUGACGCGCGCCUCACACCCCCGUGUCUGUACUCACUCAAUGACACCGGUGGGACACUGAGCGGCACUCGCGCGUCAUCCCGCGCGUCAUCCCGCAGCGGCGGCACGUCGGGCACGCUUGGCGAGGAGCGGCGACCGCGCGGCGCGUCCCGCGCAGGUGCGGCGCGAUCCGCAGCCAUCUUGCUAAUCUCGCGCCACCUGAAGGCCGUAAGGGACGGCGGCGCGCACCCGCCCAAGUGCGCCGCCAAAGGUUCGAGACGUCCAAGUAUGAGCUCGCUGCAGAGCAGCUCAUCGUCGAUAAGGAGUUACAGCGCCAAGCUGUGGGAGCGAGAGAGGGAGCAGAAAGAGAGACGGCAGAUGAGCAUGCGGCUGGCGCAGCUGCACGACAAGAUGGCGGCGGGCAGGGAGCUGCCCAAGCACGCGCCGACCCCCUCCCCGCGCUCCCCCAACAACUCCACCGAUGGGCUACUCCCGGCUGUCUGUGAAAUUAGAGAAAUGUCAGCGAACUCGGAGCAGCAGCUGCAGGGCGUGGACGGGCCGUGCUCCAGCUCGUCGCUAUACUGACACCCGAAGACAUCUACCAUCAGGUCGAUCGACUCGCUCUCGUCGGACGGGGCGCCGGCCAUCGCGUGGAUGUAAAACGGACUAGUGAUAGUGCUAUGAGAACGAAGACUAAACGCCGGACAUUCUGUACGCUCUUGGAGUCGGACACCGAAUGGGGAUGAGGGUUGGUGCCGAAGCAAUACAAAAUAGAAAUGUCGAGAGCGUUUUCACAUUACGCACCGCGAUUUCGCGAUUAAUCCCCCAGUACACUGGCCCACGAUGGCCCACUGCGGGCUAACCUGAACUGUAGACCACGAUCACCUGGUGUUUGUUAUACACAACGGUGCAUGGCUCAUA